AUGGAGUUCCAACCUACAGAGCAUCCACACCGACGAUUCAACCCCCUGAUGGGGCGUCAUGUCCUCGUCUCGCCACACCGGACCAAGCGGCCUUGGAACGGCCAGGUUGAACCACCACACAAGGAGAGGCUCCCUUCGUACGAUGAGGGCUGCUACCUCUGUCCCCGCAACACGCGUAUGGGCGGUCACGUCAACCCACCAUACAAGGACACUUUUGUGUUCAACAACGACUUCCCCGCGCUCCUUCCCGAUGCGCUGCCGACCAACGAGGGGCCUGUGCCGCCGAGCUCAGCCGCCACCGCGUCCAUGGACUCGCUCUUCGCCUCGGAGCCGACGCGUGGCCGCUGCUCCGUCAUCUGCUUCCACCCGCGCCAUGAUCUCACGCUCGCACGCAUGAGCGUGCCCGAGAUCGUGUCUGUUGUGCAGAAAUGGCGCGACGUCUACCUCGCCGAGGGCAAGUUCCUGCUGGCCUCAGGCUCGCCGGAUGGAUACGUGCAGAUCUUCGAGAACCGUGGAGCGAUGAUGGGCGCGAGCGCACCACACCCCCACGGGCAGGUGUGGUCUCUCUCGUACGUGCCAGAUGAGCCUGCUACCGAACUCGAGAACCUCAAGGCGUACGCGGCGGCGCAUUCGAAGGGUGCCAACGGUGUGAACGGGCACACUAACGGAUACACCAAUGGCCACGCAAACGGAUACACCAACGGGCACGCGGCACCGUGCCGCGGUGACGGGGCGCCAUGCCUCCUCUGUAGCUAUGCGCACGAAGAGGUGCAGCGGGGCGAACGUGUCGUCGCCAUCGACGAGGAGGGCGGGUGGGUCGCCGUCGUUCCGUUCUGGGCGGUCUGGCCCUUCGAGACAAUGGUCCUCCCGUACAAGCGGCACAUUCCGUCGCUGGCGCAGAUGACGCCAGCCGAGGAUGAGGGCCUCGCGCGCGUCCUCAAGACCCUGCUCGUCCGCUACGACAACCUCUUUAAGAACCCAUUCCCUUACAGCAUGGGCCUGCACCAGGCGCCAAUUGCACCUGUGGACCCCGACUCGGACCCCUCACACGCCCACUUCCACUUCUACCCACCCCUACUGCGGUCUGCGAGUGUGCGCAAGUUCCUCGUCGGCUUCGAGAUGCUCGGCGAAGCACAACGCGACCUCACGGCGGAGCAGGCAGCCGCGCGGCUGCGCAGCCUCGAUGACAUUCACUACCACGACAUUGAGAGCCGGGCAGUGUCCCGCGUCCCAAGCCCCGAGGGCAAACCCCGCACCUCGCCCCUCAAGCCCAAGGAUGAGGCGGAGGUACGGAACGCCGACCGCCCCAUCCCCCUCUUUAAGGACCUCGCCGAGGUUUACCCCACCAGCGGGGUUCUGCGUGAGGGGAAGCGGUGGGACAGCCUCACGACCCAGUUCAAGGAGCGGUACAACGCCGUGGCGAGCCACGUCGUGCGCGCCCCUGGGCGCGUCAACAUCCUCGGCGAGCACGUCGACUACUCGCUCUUCCCCGUUCUCCCCGCUGCGAUCGAGCAGGACAUCCUCAUCGCUCUCCGCGUCAGGAAUGACAACACUGUGCGGGUGGCCAACUCUCUGCCGUCUUUCAAGCCAGCCGAGUUUAGCCUCUCGCACAACGGCCAGGCAUGGGACGCGGGCCUAGUCCCACCCAAGGACGGCGGAGGGUGGGAGAACUACCUCAAGGUCGCUCUGCUCGAGUGUCUCGAGCGCUUUUUCCCUAACGGCGGCAAGCCGGCCGGUCUCGACGUGCUCAUCACGGGCAACGUCCCACCCGGGGCCGGGCUCAGUUCAUCAGCGGCCAUGGUCGUGUCCUCUGUUCUCCUCUUCCUCACCGCCAACAACCUCGUUGACAAGGUAACCAAGGGCGAUGUUGUGGCGAUGGCUAUUGCCAGCGAGCACCGCAUGGGCCUCCGCACCGGCGGGAUGGACCAGGCCGCCUCGGCGCUCUCGCUCAAGGGCUCCCUCCUUCAUCUCUCCUUCGACCCCAAGCUCGAGACUGAGCCCGUGCCCCUGCCCUCCGGCCUCGCGGUCGUGAUCACCAACUCGCUCGCGCCACACUCACUGGCCGAUUCCGCUCCUGAGCGGUACAACUUGCGCGUAGUUGAGGUUCUCUGCGCCUCCCGCCUUCUCCUACACGCGUGGGGCAUCGACCCACCGCCGUCGAGGCAGGUCGGUGAAGAUCGCCGCAUCUGGCUCAAGGAGACUCUCGACAUGCUGGGCAAAAAGGCGAGCUACCCCGAGCUGUACCAGCAGGCACUCGAUGCGCUGCCGUCCGUCCUCGGUGCCCAUCCUGAGGGGUGGACGCAGGAACAGAUGGUCGCGGUCAGCGGCAUGCGUCCAGGCUGCUUCCAGAAAACGUACCUCGACUUUGUGCCCGUACGCGCCGAGCGCUUCAAGCUCCUACAACGCGCGGAGCAUACCUUUGCCGAGUCACUACGUGUUGAGCGCUUCGUGCAGCUCUGCAAGUCGAAGAACGAGUGCAAGGAGGUGGGGGCUGAGCUGGGCCAGCUCAUCAACGCGAGUCACGAAAGCCUGCGAGACCUCUUCGAAUGCACUGUGCCCGAGGUCGAGGCGCUCCGCGACGUCUGCUUAAGACAUGGGGCGCUUGGGGCACGCCAGACCGGCGGCGGUUGGGGCGGCGCAGUCAUUUCCCUUCUUCCUGUCGGGGAAGUGGCCGGGUUCCUGGAAAAGGUGAAGCGCGACUACGCGCCAUAUGCUAGCCUCAGCGCGGAGGAGCUCGAUGAGGCUGUGUUCGCGACGCUCCCGGGCGUCGGGGCCGGCGUGUACACUGUCUAG